AUGAGGCAUUGGUUACUGAGCCUUGGUGCGCUCCUCGCCAGUGGAGCAUCCACCAACGCGAAAUUCUGUCGCUGCCAUCCCAGUCAGCCUUGUUGGCCAAGUGAAGCCGAAUGGGCUGUACUGAACUCUUCGGUCGAUGGCAAUCUAGUCGCAGUGAAGCCACUUGCAUACCCUUGCCAUGGCGCCCACUUCAAUGAUCCCGAGUGUGCUAUUGUAAAGGAGAAUGCAUACAGUUCAUCCUACAGAUCAGCCCAACCAGGUGCACUGCAAUGGGAGAACUGGGAAACAUGGCCUGAAGAAGAGGAACAAUGCUACGUCGAGAGCCUUCGGUCAACACCAUGUAAACAAGGUCGCAUAUCACUCUUCUCGGUCAUAGCCCAGACAGCAGAACACAUUCAAGCGGCUGUCAAGUUCGCAGCACAUCAUAAUAUCAAACUCGUCAUCAAGAAUACUGGACAUGACUUCCUUGGCCGGUCUUCUGCGCCGCAUUCUCUACAAAUCUUCACUCACGGGUUCAAAGAUAUCUCUGUUGCCGAUGAAUUUGUACCCAAGAUCCCAGAUAAAACUGCUACAUCGGAGAAGAUUAAAUCUGUCACUCUUGGCGCAGGUGUUCAACUACGCGACAUGUACGCGUACCUGGGCUCUCAAGGUCUCAUGGUCGUCGGAGGAUCCUCAAACACUGUCGGUGCUGCUGGUGGCUACAUACAAGGCGGCGGACAUUCAUAUCUUGGUUGGAUGCAUGGAAUGGCCAGUGAUAAUGUGCUGGAAUUCCAAGUUGUUCUCGCAGACGGCUCACUCGUAUUUGCGAAUGCCUAUCAAAACACCGAUCUGUUUUUCGCAUUACGAGGCGGUGGUGGCGGGUCAUUCGGCGUAGUUGUCAGCGUGACUGUCAAGGCCUAUCCCGAUUACCCGGUGGUAUACACAAUGACGAACUACAGCACAAAGGCCGCUAAGUCAUUUUGGAAUGGUGUUGAUACGUAUCAGAAACAUAUUGUUCGUCUUAGCGACAAUGGUGGCUCGGGGUGGUAUGGCAUUAUCCCCGAUUCUAGCACUGCAACUCCGGGUUUGUCAACUUUUUUGGCCACUCAGCUAUUCGUCAACCAAACAAACACUGAAUUCGUCGGGGAGAUCAUGUCGCCAGUGAUAUCAAGCCUGAAGAACGGGACAGGGAUAUCACCAUUACAUGCCAUCGUGGCAUUUCCUUCCAUGUCGAGCAUGUACUUGACAAUGUUCUCAGGCAACGAUACAACCGGUCUCCAAAUGCGGCUCGGCUCGCGUCUUAUUUCGCGCUCCUUUUUUGAAUCUGGAAACUCUACGCAGCUCACCAAAGGUCUUUCGAGUCUCAGCUACGGUCCUGGAGAAGCUGUUGUCGGUGCUCUUGUUGCUGGGGGUCAGGUUUCCAGAAAUCGUGAUAUCGAGUCCGGACUUAACCCUGCAUGGCGAGAUGCGAUUGUUCAUGUGAUCAUUGCGCGGUUCAUUAGUACGGAAUUGUCAUUUGAAGAGCAGGAAGCUGUUGCUUCUAAUAUCACCAAAUACGAUGUGCCCAUGCUCAGAUCCCUUGAACCAGGAAAAAUGGGCGCAUACGGGAAUGAAGCUGAUGCGGAUGAAGUUGAUUUCCAAGAGUCCUUUUGGGGCGAGAAUUAUCCUCGGCUACUGGACAUCAAGAAGUCGAGGGAUCCUAAUAAUCUAUUUAUUGCUAGGAAAGGAGUUGGGAGCGCAGGCUGGGAUGAUAGUGGACUUUGUCGUGUUUCUUAG